CUCUUUGUGGCCCCCGCCUAUCCUCCUACCCCAGAGGAGAUCCCUCCGAAUCUUCUCCCUUCUUUCUUCUUCUCCAUAAUCUCAAUCCUCUCUCUUUUCUUUAUUGCCCACCAAAAAACCAGAAAGGAAAACGAGAGUCAAGGGGAAAAAAAGGGGACGGCACAAAGCAUGAAAGCUUUGAAUUCGCAUUUCGUGCUGAUUGAUCUGCACUCCUCAUGGAACUCGGCACACCAAAUCCCUACCUCCACCCUCACGUACCUCAAGAACUCCAACUUCAUUUCCACAAUCUCUUCGUCAUUUCGUCGAACGCCUCGCCCCCGUACAGGAAUCUCGUCGUCGUCCAAAUCGGCGGCCCCGGAAAUCCGGAGGCCGUCCGAUCGUUUCGUUCCUGGAAACGCGUUCUCGCCGUCGAUUUCACCGAAUUCCGCUUCGACUUCGCGGUCGGAGGCCGCUUCGGAGCUCGAGCUGUUCCUUGAACUGCUGCCCCUGAGGAUGAAGAGGGAGCUGUGUCGGCACGAGGAGCUCGGGCAGUUGAUUGAGGUUGUGAUGGAUUUGGGAAGGAAGCCUCUUGCGAGGUUUCCUUCGGGUGAUUGGAUGAUCUCGGAUCAGCCCGUGAAGCAUGAAGAUUUACGGCACGCGAUAUCCAAGGUUGGUGAUUUUUCGGACGACAAUCGUUCGGGCAUCAAUAACUCUUUACAUCGUAUAAGCGCAAUUCGGAACCGCAAAAUGCAAAUCAUUGGCCUCACUUGCCGGGUUGGUCGAGCUGUAUCUGGAAGUGCAGAGAUUAUACGAGACUUGGUUGAGGGGGGAGGUUCCAUCUUAGUCAUAGGACCUCCUGGGGUCGGCAAGACUACGCUAAUCAGAGAAAUUGCUAGAAUGUUGGCAGAUGAGCACAGGAAGCGUGUUGUCAUCGUGGACACAUCUAACGAGAUUGGAGGUGAUGGAGAUGUCCCGCACACAGGAAUAGGUCGUGCAAGAAGGAUGCAAGUUCCAAACGUUCAUAUGCAGCAUAAUGUUAUGAUUGAAGCAGUUGAAAAUCAUAUGCCCGAAACCAUUAUAAUCGAUGAAAUUGGAACUGAGCUUGAAGCACUGGCAGCCAGUACUAUUGCUCAAAGAGGAGUUCAACUUGUUGGAACAGCGCAUGGAAUGACAAUAGAUAACAUAAUAAAGAAUCCCUCUCUGCAGAUCCUUGUUGGUGGCAUAGAGAGUGUAACACUCGGAGACGAGGAGGCAAGAAGAAGGAAAGUGCAGAAGACAAUACUUGAAAGGAAAGGGCCUCCUACAUUUACAUGUGCUGUUGAGAUUAUCUCUAAAACUGAGUGUCGUGUUCAUCACAGUUUAGAUGCUACAGUAGAUGCAAUAUUAGCAGGAAAAUCUUCUCUGUUUGAAGUUCGUCAAAUGGAUGAUGAUGCUAGUGAUUCUUUGAAUUCUACUCUGAUCCUUGAAAGUAGCCUUCUAGAAAAACCUGCAAUGACUGAUUGUAAAAGUAUAAGCGCUGAGAUUGAUUCUGAUGAGGAUGAUUUAGGCCAUUCUUCUAUUCAGUCUAAGAAACGAAGGACUGGUAGAUUUGUGAAGAAGAGGAGCUCACCAGUGUCAGUCUAUACUUACAAGGUCCUUGAAGCCGAUCUACUACAAGUAGCAAAAGUAAUGGGGCUUGAAGAUGAAAUAGACGUAACUGACGACAUUGGAACAGCAGAUGCGAUUCUAGCAUCCAGUUCAGAGAUGAAGCAGAACUCAUGGAUCCGCGGUGUAGCAAAAUUCCAUCAGUUGCCUAUAUUUGUUAUCAAGCAGUCAAAUACCAUGGCACAGCUGGUCAAGGCAGUUCGCAUGAUUCUUGAAAUGGAAUCAGUAGGCUUGGUAUCAAAGCCACUGCUGAGGAAUUCUUUGAACAUUGAAAUUGAAGAUGAUGCCCCAAAAAGAAAACCAUCGCUGGAAGAGAUUGACGCCUUGGAGGAGGUUCGACUUGCAAUUGAGUAUAUUGUGAUUCCCGGUGGAGAGCCGGUGGAGCUUCUCCCUAGAUGCUCUGAAAUAAUAGCCCGGCAGCUUGAACUGGUGGAAAGCUAUCAGCUGGCUGCUGAGAACUCGGGUACCGAGCAGAAUCCCAGGCUGCAGAUUCUCCCACAAAGGUUAAGCAGGAAAAACAUUUCUAAGUCUGCUAAAUCUAGUUCAAGCUCUCGAAAGGAAACAGACUCUGCUUCCCUAACUGGCAAUGGUGGGGGUACAAGUGUUACUAGGCUGCCCCUUCUGCCCGAAUAAGAUAAAGCAAAGUCUGCAAUUGUAACAUGAUUCAAUCUUUGGUUGACAAGUACGCCAUUUCAUGUACAUCCAUGUAUAUUCUGUAUCUCAUAUGACGUAAUUAUUUAACUGUGCCAAGUACGUGAUGCAUUUUGAAUUCAUUUCUCAAAGAUGUACGAGUGUUGCUUCAAUUCAGCACCCAAAUACGAGAUUUUUCUUAAUUUA